AUGGAUUCCUCUUUGCCCUGGAAUAAAAAUAUCUAUUUGGGACCACCGCCACUUGUUGAGGACCAUCCUGAAUUUGAAGAUGCAAAUGUUAUUUACAAACACUACGGAACCCUUCAGCGCAUCCUCUUUGCAACAAACCACUCUGUGACCGAGGAUAGAACAAUGUCGCCAAGAAAAGUUCUCCCGGAUACUGGAGUUUCCGUCGUCAUUAUGUCCGCCCCGGAAGAUUCCAUGUCUAUUCUGCUGGAGGGAUGUAGGCGCUGUCCCGGCGAUAUGUUACUAGUUCUGUCUCAGUCAUGGAUCACUUUCAGUAAGACCGAUAAGAAAUCGGAAUGGAAGUCCAUGUUUGUUCAUAAGGCCGUGACAUUUGAGUCUAGUUGCAAGUCAUACCUGGACGUUUUUAAUCCACCAAGAAGAGUAUCAUAUUUCUUCAACAACUAUCAGAAUCUCUAUGGAAAGAGUUUCUCGGAAGAUUUAGAAAACAAUCUGGACUGCCCGAUGUCAGGUUCUCCAAUUCUAAACAAAGUGAUUAACGACAAGCUUUGGGCACGUGAUCUGAUGACUAAAGCAGGACUGGUCUUUCCUAAGACUCUCGCCUUCACGUUUGGAACCCCAGAGCAACACAAGUUUGAUAGCGUCUUAGGAUUAACGUUUGUACGCCUCGAUUUAGAUGUAAAUGUGGAGAAAACCGUGUCGGAUGCCAUUUCUACCUUUCUAGAUUCAAUAGACGAUAAAGAAAAAAUGUUCAUGGUUAGACGAACAGGAUCGCAAAGAAAAUUACAAAAUGAGACAAGGCCCUCAUAUCACAUCAGAAACGAUGCAAAUGGAAUUAAACAAGCAGUUCUGGAUGUUCUUCAUACUCUACAGCCCGAGGAAGGUGUUCUGCUAGAAGUCACACAAGACACAGGUGAACCAUAUCCAUGCUCAACCAACCAAAAUGAUUUAAAAUUUAGCAUUUGGGCAAAUGUUUGUCGAAGCACCGUAAAGAAUUCAAAAGUUUCUUCCAUUAUUUGUGAAACUGGACAAGGGACAGAAACGACCUCUACUAGAACGCCCCAAUCGCUAAAAUCUACCUUAAAAGAGAGAGAACUAGGAAAGGAAGAGGAGAGAAUCACAAAUCUCAUUACAGACAUGUCCAAAAAGUUGUUUCAAACUUUAAUCAGUGAAGAAAUAGCUUUAGUUAAAAGUAAAACAGGAGGAACGAUUUUCCAAACUGAUGUUAUAGGGAUUGAAUAUAUAAUGGCCAAAGAAAAUGGCAUUUUCACACCAUUUCCUGUUAACAUAAAAGGAAAUGACAGCCUCAGUUUCUGUCAUUUUUUCGAGUUGAUGAAUCCAAGUUUUGCCGGAAAAACCGUUGCCCCUUUAGUCAGAACCAUGGUGGAAAGGUCCCAAGAGUAUAUGAUGCAAAACAAAAUUCUUUUGGUAAUUGGCAAAGGAAGAGUUAACAAGGAAUAUCUGUGGAAACUAACUGAGGACAAAAAAAUUAAGGUGGUACUGGUGGACAACAUUCCAAAGGAGAAAGCGCCUAAGGUUUACCACUUCAUCCAGUAUGAUUUUAUGGAUCGCCAGAACAACGAUUCUCAUGCGGCAGAGAUCAUAAGGCGCCUCAAAAGAGAAGGUAUAACUGUCGAUGGCUGCUGUGCAUACCUAGAGGACAAUACUCUUCUUGCAUCUAUCAUCUGUGAAAUCCUCGGCCUCAAUGGAUCGGGCGUGAAAGGAACUCAAGCAUCCAAAGUAAAAUCAGCAACUCAGAAAACACUCUUCUUGCAAAAGCAACAUGCGGCAAAUUACCCUCGUUUCAGUUCGUAUGCUUCAAAGAGCAUUCGUAUACGAUCAGUUGACGAUAUUUCCUCCGCUGUAGACCAAGUGAGCUUACCUUGUGUUCUUAAAUUUGAAUAUGGUUGCUGUCAGGUGGGAGUACAACGUUGUAACUCUAAAGAGCAAUGCAUUGAAGCUUUCGGGUCUUUCAAGUCGUUUCUAGAAAAUGCAAGAGAAAAUGAUUACCCUACAAUAGGCCUGACAUAUGAAAACGAAAUGAUGCUGAUGCCAUAUCUAGAUGGCACAGAACAUGAUAUCGAUGUAGUUAUGUAUAAACAACAGUUGGUAAUGGCAAUCGUGAGAGAUAAUGGUCUUACGAGGCCAGACUCAUUCUUAGAGACUUCUAAUUGUUGGCCAUCGUUUCUCUCUCUUGAGAAACAGCGUCAGCUUAUUGCUGCUGCUUAUUUAUGUUGCAUUGGGGUUGGUCUGGAAAGUGGCGUCUUCAAUGUGGAAAUGAAAAUGACAUCUACCGGUCCAAAAUUGAUAGAGCUGAACGCAAGAAUGGCUGGCUACAUUAUUCGGAGCUGGCUUUCAGAUUAUUGUGGGAUCGAGUUGGCUCUCUACGUGAGUAUGAUCGCCUGUGGAAUGAGACCCAUACCUCCACCGAGUAUAGAUCCUGAAUUUCAACUGAUGGGAAUCAUGUGCUUUCCAUCCUUACACGCGGAAUUGCUCAACGAGCAAAACAAGAGAACAUUAAAGAGGUAUGCAGAUAAUGGUGAUAUUAAUUGCGUGAUCAUUAGGCCAUCACAACAUUUCGAUCCAUCCAAGGGUAUCGAAUUUCCUCUAUGCAAUAUCUCUGUAACUGGAAGUUCGUUAGAAGAAGCCAAAGAUAAACUUCUUAGUGUUUGCAAAACUUUAAAAAUCACCAAAGAGGAGUACGACGUAGAACACUUUCUGUCCAUCUUUAAAAUUUAACAGAUUGUGUACAUGUAUCCUACGGAUGAGUUUUUCUUGAAAGUCAUGAUACGUAUGGUUUAUUUGAACUUCAUAAUUUUUCACUGGUAUCAAGCUUCUGUAUUGUCAAACUUCCAGUGACUUUGAUAACAUGAUAGACUAUCCAUAGACGAACCAAGGAUCCGUUUAGUCGAACGGCUAAAGAACGGAUCAUUGAAAGAUUAUAGCCCUUGACUCCAUCAGCCGAUGACAAUUAAUGUUAAA